GCGCGGCGUGGCCCCACCCCGUCUCUGCCAGGCUCUCGCCCAGCCCUGCCUUAAUGUAGGCUCCUGUUCUCGGAAAAGAGAGAGCGAGAGAAGAGGGGCGAGGAAGAGAAGAAGAAGAAAAGAGAAUAAGCUCCAAGAAGCAAGACUUCUUCUCGUGCUUUUCGACUUCCACAAGCCUCGGCCGACAGCGGAGCGACGACGGCGGUGGCGGCCUUGGCGGCGCGAAUGUGCUAGCUAGCUAGCUUGUGUGCUAUUUUUUUUCUUUUUUUCCUCUCCGCUUUCUGGUGAAUGUAAAUGAACAUGCGGUGUACAAGCCAUCUUAUUUCUACCGAACCAUGGAGGAGGAAUACGCAUGUACGUGUAGGCGCGUGCGUGUGCGUGCACGUACAGGCCUCAUGAGGCUCCCCUAAGCCCAGUCUGACAGCCAGCUGCUUUUCAACCCUAACAACAAACCUGGAGACAUUUUGAGGCUGCCCCCCUCCCCUCCCCUCGCCUCCCCUCCCCUCCCCUCCACUCCACACACACACACACACCACGACUCCAUUUUCCUGCUUUAAUUGCGACUCGUCGGGAUUAUUCACGUGUUGGAUUUGGAUCCGAAUCUUGCUAGAAGAAAAGUGUCUCGGGUGCGGGCUCGUUUAUGAAGCGACGGGCUGAUAACACAAGCCAGGGACACACGCUCGCGACCCACCCCCCACGGAGGAGGCCCCCCUUCUUUUGGCGGCGAUAACAUAGCGACGUGAAUAAGGAGGAGAAAUCGGGGAUCUGUGUUCGGAACCGGCCCAAAAAGCUGUUGCUCUCCGGCUCGGCCCGAUGCAGAGAAGUGGUCCGGAAGCAAUGGACAAAUCACACAUGUAGCUGUCGUUGGGUGUUCUUAGUUCACUUCCUGCUGGUGGGCCCCCUAACAACAAGAACACCACCGAACAGGACAAGCUGGACCUGUGCGGGGGAAAAAAUGCGUGUUUUGAAAGGAGGCUUGGGACCGAGCCGCGCCACCUUGCGGGUGAGCACCACACUCACGCCGAUUUGCGCUCCCUGUCACGGGCAGCAGUGAGAUGCAAGACCCGGGCUUUGGCUCAUGAGCACCGGGGCUCCUCUUCUUCACCUCCUCCUCCUCCUCGUUCUUCGCAGUUGCUGUCGAAUUUUCAAGUCGCGUUGUCACUUGUCGAGACAGAAGUAACGUGCAACUGAAAGGGAGGAAAAAAAGCGAAAAGGGAUCCGGCCUUGUCGGUGGCGUUAGCAACAGCAAUUGCUCCCAUUUUCGGACAGCAAAACUCCCUCCACUGACAUAAAUCACAAAUCAUCUGGACCUGGGCGGAGAGGCUACACCCCCGUUACCGAUUUUUGACCAGGCUGUUGGAGGACCUUUCUCCAUGUUUGUUGCUGUCCUGCCGAACCCUCGGGUCAAACGUGGGCUCUAGACCGGUCCACGUUAUAGACGUCAUAGAUAUUUCCUACAUUUACCCACACUUGUAUACUUCUUACUUACCGCCUUUCCAUUUCUUCCUCCCCUUGGACUCACUUUUUUUUUUUUUUUUUUGGUGGGGGCUUUUCCCUGCGGGAAGAUGGGUUGUUUGAGCAACAGUAAGACUGAAGACCAGAGAAAUGAGGAGAAGGCCCAGAGAGAAGCAAACAAAAAGAUAGAGAAGCAGCUCCAAAAGGACAAACAAAUCUACCGAGCAACACACAGACUAUUGCUUUUAGGAGCUGGAGAGUCAGGAAAGAGUACAAUUGUGAAACAGAUGAGGAUCCUCCAUGUCAACGGCUUCAAUGCAGAAGAGAAGAAGCAAAAAAUCCAGGACAUCAAGAAUAAUAUCAAAGAGGCCAUUGAGACCAUAGUGACGGCAAUGAGCACUCUGACGCCACCGGUGCAGUUGGCCUGUCCGGACAACCAGCACCGCAUUGAAUACAUCCUCAACCUUGUCAACCAGAAGGAUUUUGAGUUUCCAGCUGAGUUUUACGACCAUGCAAAAACACUGUGGCAGGACGAGGGCGUCAAGGUGUGCUUUGAGAGAUCCAACGAGUACCAACUCAUCGACUGUGCACAAUACUUCCUAGACAAGAUUGACAUUGUGAAGCAGAGCGACUACACUCCAACAGAUCAGGAUUUGCUGCGGUGCAGAGUACUGACUUCAGGGAUAUUUGAGACAAGGUUCCAAGUGGACAAAGUGAAUUUCCACAUGUUUGACGUUGGCGGUCAACGGGAUGAACGCCGAAAGUGGAUCCAGUGCUUUAACGACGUGACGGCCAUAAUCUUCGUGGUGGCCAGUAGCAGUUACAACAUGGUGAUCAGAGAGGACAAUCAGACCAACCGUUUACAGGAGGCUCUCAACCUCUUCAAGAACAUCUGGAACAACAGGUGGCUGCGAACCAUCUCUGUCAUCUUGUUCCUAAAUAAACAGGACCUCCUUGCAGAGAAAGUGCUGGCAGGGAAGUCCAAAAUUGAGGAAUACUUUCCGGAAUUCGCCCGCUACACUACACCGGAUGAUGCGACGCCAGAGGCUGGAGAAGAUCCCCGUGUUACAAGGGCAAAAUACUUCAUAAGAGAUGAAUUCCUGAGGAUCAGCACGGCGAGUGGAGAUGGGAGGCACUACUGCUACCCCCACUUCACUUGCGCCGUCGACACGGAAAACAUCCGCCGCGUCUUCAAUGACUGUCGAGACAUCAUCCAGAGGAUGCACCUGCGGCAGUACGAGCUCUUGUGAUGUUCUGGCCCAAACAAAAAAGAGAGGAAAAAGCAAAAGAAAAACAGAUACUUGGGAACACCCCGAGUCUUUGAACUCUUCCACAGACAUGCCAAAAAGACACUUCACACAGUACACGAUGCCAACUUUCCCUCGCUGCUAACUCCAUUCUGAUCACUUUGGCCACUUCCCCCCCCGCCCCUCUCAGCCACACAGUCUGGACUGGAAUUGACUUUACAUUCGGAGCCGCUUGGAGCGCUGCUACUUUGGUGGAACGAGAGAACUGUCGCGCGUACAUGAUAACAGAUCUCAUAUCUACUAGACAGAAAUACGAGUGUCAUGCUCAGGAUUUGAAUCAAAACUGCUUGCGAGCAUGAGGACACACACACACACACACACGUCGCAGUCUUUCCUAUCACAUAUGCAUAUCGUGGUAUUCAAAAGUGACAUUUCCUCUCACACACAGAUGGAGCAAAUCUGCAUUUAGUGAAUUGCAAAACGAAAUCCAGAAACUGCUCUGCAGAGUGGCCUUUUCAUCAAAGAGCCAGUUUUGUUUUUGUUUGCUUUUUGCGUUGAGAUUAAACACAUCGGGGCCCGGCGACAGUGUCAACGGACGUUUGAAAAGCAAAGGAGGAGGUGUGUUCUCUUUGUCCGUCUUGUCCGCAAAUGGGACCGCGGGUGGGCCUCCUGCCCCUGCUGGAAUUUGAAAUCAACAUGUGGGACAAAGGACGGGAGUUGACCACAGAGAUAACCUUGUACAUGUGAGUUGAAGACUUCUACGGGACUUAGCAAACAGGGCAAAAAGCAUCCAGUACAUUAUCUGAGUUCGAGAGAAAUGUCUUUUUUUCAACACAGCUUUUUUUUUUUUUUUUUUCUUCUUCUUACUUUUUGGGGGGGUCUGAGUGGACUUGUGUGCCAUUGUGCCCUGCGUGCUUUCUCUCUCCGUUUCUCUCCUUCUCCUUCCCCUUUUCCUCCUCUGACCUGCGUCUGCACUAAAGAGGAAAAAAAAAGAAUAAUAAUUCUAAAAUUUAAAGGGAGGAAGAAAAUGGCAAAAAUAAACGGGACACUUUUUUUCCUCCCCCAUCCUUUGUCCGUUUUAGUUUACUUUCCUGCUGAACUAUUAUUCUUGUACAGACUGUAAAAUGUAUUAUUUUGUACAACUUUAUUGAGGAAAAAAAUAACUUUUAGAAGAUCCCUGUGCCUUGAUCACGACUGUACGUGUGUAAUGAGCUAAAGUGGGUGUCAUACUGCGCUGUAUAGCUUGGCCAAUUAAUACCGCCCCCUUCGCUUCACCACUUCCUUCCUUUUCCUCUUCAUCUUCAUCUUCAUCCCCAUCCCCCAGGCAGCCUACAUGUCUCUCUUUAGGACCCGGGGGACACACAUUUGUAGCUUUUUGUAGGUUCAUUUCUCUUCCUCAUAUUUCCCCCUUAUGAUUUAAAUGUCUAUUUUUGGAUCCAUAUAUCCCUGAACGGAUGAAUAUAUGAAAUGUAUAUGGAUUUUAAAAACACAAAAAGGUAUUUUAUUAGGAAUCGAAUCACAAAUUGCACACUCGACAGUGUUGCUUCGAAGAAAUUGUUGUUCUCGCAUACAUUUUGGAAGGUUUCAAAGGGAAAAUGAACCAAUGCAAAACA